GCAGAUAAACGUAACAUUAAUGCCGUAACUUUGAUGAAACUAUAAACUAAAUAGGUAGUAUUACUGUCUUGUAUGAUGUACGACUACGUAUUGUGAUAUUAGUAAAUGGUAAAUUAUGUUUCAAACCUUGAUUUUAGUGUACAGUCUUACAUUGUUCAGAUUUUCAUCUUCCGAAUCCUGUAAUAAGCCUCUUGGGCUUGAAGAUGGAACAAUUCCUUCAGAAAAACUGACAGCAUCUUCGGAGUAUUCACAUGUCUUUGCGGCUCAUCUUGCCCGACUAAAUGAUGCCAGGGGAUGGAUAAGUAGUAACAACCAACAACAAUGGAUUCAAGUUGAAUUUUCUUCUCCGUUAUGGGUAACCGGAUUGAUUACGCAGGGCCGGGGAGACUAUCCCCAAUGGGUGCGCUCAUACGAAGUUCACUACAGUCUUGAUGGAGACACCUUUACUACAAUCAUGGACGCCGGUGCAGUUGCAGUGUUUAAUGCCAACUCAGACCAUGACACUGCCGUAACAAAUAUGUUCCCAUCCAGAGUACGCGCCAAAUUUAUCCAAAUUCAUACAACCAUCUGUCAUGAUCGUUGCAGCUUAAGAUUUGAAGUUCUUGGAUGCUCACAUGACACAAUACUGUACAAUCAUCAUUGCUACAAGUUUGUAAAUAAUGCUACAACUUGGAACGACGCGAAAGCAAUGUGCGAGAGUUUCUCUUCACAUUUAAUUACGAUCAACACGGAAGAAGAGCUGUCUAACAUCACUGCUAUCGCCUCGACUGUCGACGAUUUCCCGGUAAAAAUAUGGACAGGGUUGAACGACGUUGCGGAGGAAGGACAUCCAGUCUGGCUGACCCACGAACAACCGACAUACAAUGAGUUUCGAAUUUCUACCGACCCGGAUAAUAAGGAUUGCUUUCGUAUCGGCUCGGGUGGUAACAUUCGUCACGAAAGCUGUAAUGAUGAGUAUGGAUACGUUUGUGAAAGUUUGAGCAAUAUCUAUGAAAGAUAUUUAAUAUCUGCAAGGAAGAAAUCACUGGCAGCCGGACACAUAACCAGCAGUAUGUUGGCAGUAAGUUCAGGGGCAUGCUCACUGGAAUGCAGCAAACUGGAAUCGUGUGUUUCAUUUUCGUAUAAUAGUUCUACAAACGACUGUAUAUUGAGCAGUAGUUCAGGUCAAAGUGCAGAGCUGGAGAAUGUUGAAAACGCUAACUUUUAUGUCCUUACAUCAACUGAAGAGAUAUGCAAAACAUUUAUAUAGUGAACAAUCAAUAAAUGUGUGUUGUUGGUAUCGUGUUGACUAUUCUGGCCAAAAGCAGAAGUAUAUUAAUUGUUCCCAAGUUCUAUUCUAACCAAUAAGUUAGCCACAUGUUCAUGGCCUACGUUUCGGUGCGGAUGCAGGUAGGAAGAGGGGUGCAAAGGGUGCUGUUGCUCCCCCUAAUUGUUAUUAAGUAAAGUUUGUACUAUAUUGUUGAUAUGAACGUACUACCAGUAAAAAUGUUAAGAUAGGAGAGUGUAAUUUUCGGGCACCUACAGGUCCAUAUUUGAACAUUUAGUAAGUCACUCUGUUCACCUACUAGCAUGGAAUUAUGACAUCGGGUAAUUUCAUAUUAAAAUAGGAACGAUGACCCAAAUACUAUUCCAUAAAAUAUGUAGAAAAUGAAAUAAAAGGAAUGUUUACAAUUAAUAAUUUGAUGAAAACAAAAAAUUGCCAUAAUUUUAAAAACAUAUUUCUUAAUAAAAAUAAGUUUUUUUCUUGGUGCGCUAUAAAAGGGACAUACAUAAAUGGAAUGACUUUCGUCUUCUAUAUAAAAUAAACAUGUCCUAUUUUUUUCUCUAUCUUUUAAUGAUGGUUGAAGUUUAAAUUAAAAAUAUAUUUUUGAGUUAGUAUUUUCCAAACUUAAUUGUA